CUAUGCGCACUCUGUCCUCCCCGCCAGUAGGGGGCGCCCUCGACACUGAGCAUAUUCUGUAAACUGUCAGCCAUCUGCCGCAGUCAGUUAGCUCCAGCGGGAAUGGAAAAUGGAGGAUUGACCGUAAAACGAGGGCAUAUCAUCGGUAUUCCUAGCAUAGAGAUCCUUUAAUCGUGUACCAAGAUUGAUGAUCACUUCUGCAGUGCCUUUGAUGUUUUCUAAGAAGCACGCUGUUACUGCAUUACUUCUGAACUCAGACAUUCAGUUUGAAAGUAGUGCUUGACUCCAUCAUCUAUGGAGGAGAAUGUGAGCCCUGAGCUCUCUCUAGCCCCUGAGCCAGAGCAGGGCCAGGACCACAUGGAUAGCUGCUAUCAAGGUUUUGUAGAGGAGAGCCCGCAGAAACAGCCUGAAAAUGAGAAUGUGGCCAAUGAAGCACUAGUCGAGCCAGAAAAAUCCUGCGAGGGCAACAGUGAAUUUAAAAAGACUUGGGGUUUCCGACGGUCCACGGUUGCAAAGAGAGAGAUGCCAGUGGAGGCAGCCUUCGACGGCCCUGAAAAUCGCUGCCCUGUGCGUCGAAGUGGCAGGCAGUCUAAGCGCACUGACAAACUAGAGGAAUUCCUCUUGACUGCUAAGCGAGGGGCAAGGAGAAGUGCCCCGCCCAGUGUGGAAAGUGGAGAUCCACCCUCCCAAACCCCAACCGAUGCAGAGACCGCAUCAGAAGCCAGCUUUGACGGCAACACUGACAGCAAGGCAACAGAGGACAAGGUAGAGUCUCCAGAGAGGAGGACAAGAAGUAGUGGAAGGAAACAGACACUGCGGAAAUCACGAGGUGGGAGACAGACCCGGAGUUGCGGGGGAGCAGUCAAAGAUGAGGAAAGCUCUGAGAAUGAGGAGGACAACAAGGACCAGUUAGCAGAGACAAAAGAUGAAAAGAGUUGUCCCAGUCCUCAAGAUGCAGGCAGCACUAACACAGCCCAGCCUCAGCCAGCGCAGGUCUCUGAGAAGAUCGGGGUCAGUGAGGAGAAGACAGAGGAUGGAGACAAUAACGACACAAUGGAAUCAGAGAAGGACACAGAUAAAGACAGUGAUGAGGACAGUGGAGAAGAUCCUGCUGCAAUGAUGGUGAAGCGUGGACCAAUAAGGACUUACAUCAAUAAAAAGAGGGUAGCCAAUAAGAAUACUACUCCUGUCAAAGCUCCUCCUCCUGCCAGUAAGAACACCACUCCUGUCAAGAGGGAGACAAAGCCCAAAGCUAUCCCUGCCCCCGGAAUGAUACGAAAGCUCCAGAACCAGGAGGAUAAUGAUGAUGACGACGACGAAGACGAUGAUGAAGAUGACGACGACGAGGACUCUUCAAUGUCUUCAUCUUCAUCAUCUAUUGAUUCUGAUGAGGGAGGUUACGACCCCAACGCAUUGUACUGCAUCUGUCGUCAAAAACACAACAAGAGGUUCAUGAUCUGCUGCGACCGCUGUGAGGAAUGGUUCCAUGGAGAUUGUGUAGGCAUCACAGAGGCCCGGGGACGCCUGAUGGAGAGAAACGGGGAAGACUACAUCUGCCCAAAUUGCACGGCUAAGAAAAACCAGGUGGUCAGACCCGCCACAUCUAUCCUCUACGCAGAGCUCGGAAAACUCAGGGCCGACGUUGGGCAUCAAACUUCAGAUCCAGCUGCGGCCUCCUUCUUAAUCGACGGCAAGGCUGAUGCCAGUCUGCAAGUUGCUCAGGGUGUGGUGGGACCUUCAUUCUUAGUAACUGAAGAGAAAGGAGCUGAAGACCAGGGCAUCAAAGGCAGGAUAGAGAAAGCUACUAAUCCAACUGGGAAGAAGAAGAUCAAGAUAUUUCAGCCGCAGGCUUUACAGCAACCAAAGGCAGAGCAGAAAUCAGCACCCACUGUGGAAAAGAAGACGGCUCCCAAAACAGUCCAGAAAGCGCCGCCAGACUCAGAGCAGAAAGUGGCUUCAAACGUGGAGGUGAAAACAACAACGACAGCAGCAGCAGCAGCUGCUGCUGAGGAACCAGAUGACAAGGCCGGGCAGAAGACUGAGGAGGAUUCAUCCCUUCCCAAAUGUAUCGGGCCUGGCUGUGAGAGUAACGCCCAGCCAGACUCAGUGUACUGUGGCAACGACUGUAUCCUGAGACAUGCUGCUGCUGCCAUGAAGUCCAUCACUGAUGAGCCUAAACAGAAGGACAGGGCCAAGGCUGUGAAAACCAAGUCUACACCAAAGAAGAGCGGUGCUGGCAGAAAGACACAGAAGAAGACCCAGGAGGAGUCAGACAGUGAGGAAGAUCACAGCACUGAUCCAGAUGAGGAUGAGGAUGAGGAUGAUGAAGACGAGCAUGCUGAAGAACACCCGCCCCCACCAACCACUGCGUCCUGGUCCAGCGACCAUAAUUACAUUGCAGUAACACCAGAAAAGACUACACCCAUAUCACCAACAGUGUUAAACAAAAAGUCUCCCCUCAAAGAAGAGAAGCAGAGUGAGAAGGACCAGAAAGAAAAAGAAUCAGCCCCAGCUCCUGAGAAACCACAGCCAGAGUCCACACCAACACCGGUCAAAAGAAACAAGAAGACCCCCACCACUAAACCAACCAAGAUUUCUCCCAAGGGCAAGAAGCCCUCCUCUCAGGCCUCAAGCUCUAAGGCGUCCAAGAGACCUGCAACACCACCAAAUAAACCAACAACAAGGUCCAAGAAACCAGGCUCGUCAUCUGCAAAAAGCCCGUCCUCCUAUCCUCCAGGUCCAAUCCACGUCACCGGAGCGCUGAGAGUCACCAAGUCCAACUUCACCAUUCCCAAGAAGCAGCCACAGCAAAAAGAUGCUUCCUCUCAUUCUCAGUCCUCUUCAUCCUCAAGAGUCCCAUCUUCUCCAGUUCCCUCAGGUCCAUCCCAUCACUCCUCCUCUUCAACCAGACCUCCACACCCAGCUGCUCCAGCGCCCCCUGUGUCCCCCAUGCCGCCUCCACCAAACAACCAGAUGAGGCAGAACAUUCGCCGCUCGCUGACAGACAUCCUCUUCAAAAGGGUGAGUGACAGUGAUGAUCUGAAAAUGACUGAAAGUGAGGUUGGGAGGCUUGCAGUUGCCAUUGAAAAGGAAAUGUUCAACCUCUGCCUCAGCACUGACAGCAAGUACAAGAACAAAUACAGGUCCCUGAUGUUCAACCUGAAAGAUCCUAAAAACAAAGGCUUGUUCUACAGGGUGGUGGGUGGUGAGGUUACUCCUUUCAGACUUGUGAGACUAAGUGCUGAGGAGCUGCUUUCUAAAGAAAUAUCAGAGUGGAGGAAGUCUGAAACACCACAGACUCAUUCACCCAGUUCCAGGGUUCAUUCAGGGCAGUUUAAACUGGGCAACAGGCAUGACUCAAGCUCACAUAGCAUGGACCUGGAGGAUGCUCCACCAACAUCUGAUGCAGAUGUAUGUAUCUCUACCACCACUUCAUCUACUCGCAUGGCUUCUUCUGCAGACCAAGAUGAGUCAGGCUCCAUUCCAUCAACUGGGACUCAGCCCUCUGCUGUGGAGGGAAACAAUAGCAGCAGCAUGCCAGAUAUUUUCAGUAACAUGCUCAAAGACACCACUGCUGAACACAGAACUCAUUUAUUUGACCUGAACUGCAAAAUAUGCACAGGUCAGAAGACAGAAGAUGAACCUUCGGCUAAGAAGGCCAAAUUGAUCAAGAAGCCUGAAAUGAAGUCGCCCCGACAAGAGCUGCAUUCAUCCAGAUCUGGGGAUGUCUCUCCUGCUGGCCAAUCACAGGUAUCCACUGCUUACCAGCAUCAAGACCCCUCGUCUUACCAACAUCCGAUUCCUCCGUCCUACCAGUCCAAGAUGGAGCCAGCGGUCCCAGAAUCACAGCCACAACUUUAUCAGGAGGACCUCAGUAUGCAGGCACCUCCACCCCAGGCCCCAGCACCUGUCGCUCCCACUGUGUCAUCUGUCACUAUCACCCGUAGAGACCCGCGCAUGGCCCGGCACAGCUCUGGUGUAACUGUAACGUACACUGCUCCAGAGAAACCAAUCAUCAUUACAGCAGAACCAGUCCCAGCUGCAGUCAGUGCUGCAGUGGAGGUUCUCAAGACAUCACUGCCAAUGCCCCCAGCUCCUCCAUCUGCUGUAGCUAUGUCCAAACCUACGAAAACAAGUACAUCAGAGCCUCCUCCUGAGGGCGAGACGGCAAUCUUUCUCCAUGGACAAGAGAAGAUUUGGAAAGGAUUUAUCAACAUGCAGUCUGUGGCGAAGUUUGUGACCAAGGCGUAUCUGGUGUCAGGAUCCUUUGAAUAUCUGAAGGAGGAUUUGCCAGACACCAUUCAUGUUGGCGGACGCAUAUCUCCAAACACAGUGUGGGACUAUGUUGGUAAACUGAAAACCUCGCUUUCUAAGGAAUUAUGUCUGAUCCGUUUCCACCCAGCCACAGAGGAAGAGGAGGUGGCAUAUGUCUCUCUCUUUUCUUACUUUAGCAGCAGGAAGCGAUUUGGUGUGGUGGCCAACAAUAACCGUCGCAUCAAAGACCUCUAUCUCAUCCCACUUGGCUCAAAAGAUCCAUUACCCUCCAAACUCUUACCGUUUGAUGGGCCAGGGCUUGAACCAGCUCGUCCUAACCUCCUCUUGGGGUUGCUGAUCUGCCAAAAGGACAGAAAACGUGCUGGUGCUCCUUUGGAAACGGAGGAAAAGCGGUCCAAGACUCAAGCCAAAGAUGCUGAUGACGCUGCCCUCCUGAAGCUGUCUUCUGCAGUCAAAGCAGACAGAAGCGCACGACAGAGCCUUGAAAUCCCCUUCAGCACAACUCCUCCAGGGUCACCUCCUGCCAGCUCUUCUGAGAUUCCAAGCAGCACUGUGACUGCCUCCUCCGUCCUUUCCUUCUUGUCAUCAGUCAAAGCUCCAGCCACUACUACUGGCAAGGACUCUCCGUCUUCAUCAAGCUCUGUUGCUUCCUCUGCAAACACUGCCACUCCACUUCAGACCAUCCUCAACACUCUUUUCCAUAGGAAAAAGCACGACUCAGCUUCCAACUCUCCUUCUGAUCAUGGAGGUGAACUCUCCGUUCCACACGCUACAAUGCUGGAUCCUAUUGUGAGGCAGUAUGCACAAAGCACUAAAGAGGAACCGGUGGAAGAGGAUGAAGAUGACAGACCGUAUGAUCCGGAAGAAGAGUAUGACCCCAGUAGGGGCUACAAUUUGCCUAAGAAGCCUGAUGUGGUGGAAAUCAAACCUGAAAUGUCUGGGCAGCCUGAGGUGGAUGAAGAUGUUGCUGAUGAUGUGGCAUAUGACCCAGAGGAUGACACUAUUUUUGAAGAUGUCAAAACUUUGGCUCCAGUUCAGGCUAAGGCUGGGACUGAAUCUAUAACUGAUCCACAAAAGAUCUUGGAGAACCUUAGACAGAUUGGGGACCAGACAUUCCAGAAACCAGGAGAGCAACAGACAACAGGGACAGCCUGCACCUCUUUGACACUUCCAGAGACACUGUUGGCUCAACCCACUAAGUCCCUUUUGGCUAACACUCAGCUACUGCAGCUCGGGAAAAAAGUUGAAGAACUAGUUAAGUCAUCAACUGUUGCUCCCUUGAUUAACCAGAGGAGAGACCCAAGACAGAGCAGGGAUCCUCGGCAGUCUGCGACUGACAGGAGACUGAGUGGAGAACAGGAGGAGAAAGAGGAGACAUCUGUACAGGGGGACUCUACUCCUUCCUCACACACUGUGGACCAAGAGCCUCAGCUGCCUGAACUUCCACCCUCACAAGACCUAGAGGCACCACAGCCUGAGGAGGAGGUGAAAAGCGAGAUGCUACCCUUUAUGGAGUCAACCAAACCAGAGGUGUCAAUUCCUUUACUAGGGGAGGAAGUGGAACCUGACAUGGAGGUCAACUACAUGGACGAGAGAGAAGUAAAGAGCGAGGAAGCUGAGCCAGUGAAGGCAGAGAAAGAAAUGGACAAGUACAGUAUUUGGCCAAAUGCUGCCAGUAUUUUAAAAGCUGGAGAAAACUCUGACUAUGAUGAGAACAGCCAAGAUACACCACCCACAUGUUACUACAAUGAGCCCCCAAACACCUCCGGCACCACCUCCACGAUCCCAGUGCUCACUCAGAGCACAGCCGUGGUUGACACUCAGUCCCAUCACAUGCCACGUCACAUGUCAGCGCCAGGCUUUGAUAAUGAGUACAGACCUCCUUCUGACAUCCCCCCACCCUCCACCUUCCCCCCACCCCAACUAAUGCAGGGACAAAAUCUAAUAAUGAGGCCUACACAUAUGUCCAUGCCACCUCCAAUGCAGGGUCUCCCUCCAAUGUCAGGGUCAUUACCUAUGCAAGGCCCCCCACCACCAAUCCAUGUGCCUCCCCCUAUACGUGGUCCUCCUCCAAUGCAAGGUGGGAGUAGCCAGCAGUACGGCCCACCUCCAGCUACUUACCCUACCUAUCAGAACCAGUGGCCUGGUACCCAACAACCACCACCUCAGCAACAGCCACCCCCUGGACCAGUUCCUCAGAAUAUCAUGCCGCCCAGAGGACCGCAACUACAAUUUCCACUAAUGGCCCAGAGACCUCCAGCUCCUCAAAUGUUUGAUCCCUCUAUUCCCCCUCAACACAUCGUACAGCAGGGUCCCCCACCAGGCCAUCCACCACCUUCCGCUUUUGACGGACAGAACAACUUACCUCCAAGAUUCACCGGUCCUCCCCCACCAUUUAACUUCCCUGCAGCUCGAGGUCCCCCUCCAACUUUCACAGGGCCUCCUCCUGGUCACUUUGAUAACAGACUCCCUCCUCCAGCCCACUUUUCAGGGCCCAGGGGUCCCCUGCCCUCUCAGUAUGGCGAUCAUGGGGCUCAGCCCCAGAUGUCAGACCCAUCUCGAGGCCCUACAGAACUGUAUAACAAAGACAAUUCCAAUUCUUUUAAGCUAAACGUGGACCCAAAUCCAAACCCUCUCCAUACUUUUAAAGACAAUCAGGGCCCCCCAUCAGGUCCAGCAUACCGGGGACCUCCACCUAAUCAGUAUGAGGACAGAAGAGGCCCAGCUCCCAGUGGUGAGAUGAGUGGACAGCACUUCAGUCCACAUAACCAGUAUGGGACCUCCAGACCUCACUCCUCACCUCCACACCGAGGAUCUUUUGAUGAGCCUCGAGGCCCUCCCCCUCAUGAGAGUAGACCUCACCCUUCUCAACGCUUCGGAGGAUCAGAGCGUUACCGCUUCGAUAGGCACUCUGAUGAGCCAAGGCCUGUGCGCCACAGUGGUCCGCUACUGCCAACUCCUCCAGAGGCUCCCAUAGGUCCUCCAAGUCGCAUGGGAGCCCACAGUCCAGACCUGCUCCGGGACGACCACUGGCGCCGCCACUCCCCUGAAAUAAGGAGAAGGAGCAGCACCAACCGGGAGGACUCAGAGCCCCGUGGUGGAGAGCGCUUCAGUCGCUUCGAGAGUGUGCACAGAGAACCUCCCUCUGGUCCUUCACAGCCCCCUGAGGAGAGACCAAGGGAACUCUCCGAGGAUCGACGAAGGGACAGAGAGCGAGAAGUCCCCCAUCCUGGCAGGCCAUCAUGGGACAGAAGUCAGAGCAAGCGAUGGAGCAGAGAGCGCGAGUGGGACAGGAGCAAAGAAAGGGACCGUGAUCGAGAGCGUAGCCGAGAAAGAGAGCGCAGUAGAGGGAGGGAGGUUGAGAGGCAUAGAGAAACAGAAGUAGAGCGACACAGGGAUCAGGAGACUGAAAAGAGGAGAGACCGGGAGAGAGACCGGGAAAGAGACAGGGCUAGGGAUUCUGACAGGAGGGACCAUGACCGUGAUAGGGGGAGAAACCGUGAAAGAGAUCGAGACCGGGAACGGGAUCGUGAACGCGACAAAGAGCGGGAUCGCGACCGCGACAAAGAGCGGGAUCGCGACCGCGACAAGGAGCGGGAUCGCGACCGCGACAAGGAGCGGGAUCGCGACAAAGAGCGGGACAAGAGACGUGAAAGGUCCAGAAGCAGAGAACGUGACAGGGACAGAGACCGUGGGAAAGAUCGGGGUAGAGACAAAGACAAGGAAAAAGAAAGAGAAAGGGAGAGAGACAGAGACAGGGACAGGGACAGAGACAAAGACAGGGAGCGUCGUGACAGGAGUAGAAGCAGAGAAAAGAGGGAGGGGAAAAAGGACAGCAAACACGAUGCUUCCAAGGAGAGUGAAAAAAAAACAGAAGAUGACAAGAAGUCCUAGUCUCUGUUUUCUGGACACUACAUUACGGUUUAAGGGGAUAUUGAUCUCAUCUUUGUACAUGUUGAUGGACAGUAUUUUGUGAAAGUUCCACUGUUGUGAUCCCUCUCUUUGACAUUUGUAUUGUUUGUGUCACGUACAGGUUUGUUUUAUCACAUUCACAACACAAAGGCAUAGAUUUAUCUAGAAGGCUACUGAAUCCUAUAAUAUGAAAGCUUGUCCUGUCUUUUUUUUUUAAACAAUAAUGGAACUGAUUAACACCUUUUUCAAUAUGUAAAUAUGAAUAUACUUGUGUAUAUACUGAUGUUUUUAAUCAUACUUUUCUAAGUAGAAAAACCAUAAGCCAUAUAUCUGCGAUGCAUAAUGUGAAAGUUAAAGAAACUGUUUUCAAAGGUGUGAAAUGUCCAGCAGAUUUGAACUCCAGGCUCCAACUCUACAAUAUUCACCCCAUCUAUGGUUGUUAAUGAAAUGUCCUGAUUUUGUUUCAGCUCAACCAAUUAAACUAGUUUGAUCACA